AUGGCUGCGGAGUCCGAGAGGCCGCCUUACCUCAACGGUACCUCUGGUCGAGCCAGAGGAACCAAGGAUAUGGAGGCGGCUCCGGAUCCCGCACAUCGAUCGGCCAGUGAGGCCACUGGCGACAUGACGGAGGUCUCGCACCCGACCGUCAAAUCCCAGGCUCAUGCCAUGUCCCAGGUGCCCAAGCUCUUUCCUCAUAUCUCUAACUCUUCCGCCCCAACGUCUACCUGUAACUCCGCCGUCUCCUCUCGCGAAUCCUCACCGGUCCGAAUUUCCUCCCGUACGGCCAACUCCCCGACCACCAGCCGCGUCCCAUCUCAAUCUCGAAAGAGCAGUCGAGACAGAGCAAGCCCAAGUCGAACAUCUAGCAACGCUCAAUCAUCCGGCCUACCAAUAUUUGCCUCAUCUACUCAGCGAGCUACGUCCACCGGACCCUUGAACGCGUCUCCGUACCUUUCUCCGCCCGCUCCCGAACUUCCGGCAAAUGUCCUUAGUCCGGAGAAAUCCAAUAUGCCAUCAUGGGCGGGGCCUCGUCGUACAGACCACGAGCCGAAUCUGCCGAAUACCUCCCACAAAAGAUCUUCCAUCUUGCCACCGGAGGAACAGGCAAAGGGGGACCGAAGCACGCCUCGCGCAGUUGCGAGGGGAGUCAGUGGACAAGGCCCAUCCUUGGAAACAGUCCAGGAGAUGGCCAGCAAUCCAUCUACGCCCUCAAGUGACACUGCCCUCAACCCGGUUACUCCAGAUGAUAGUCGGUUACACACGAUCGAUGAGGACCCGACACCCCGAGCCUCCAAACAAAACGCUGAGAGUGGGAGUGAUAGUGGUGGUAACCGGAGCGGCAAAGAAGAAAGUCGAAGUCAUGCCACCGGCCCGGCCAAACUACCUGGGACAAUCAUGCCCCAAAGAUCGUCUACUUCGCUGAGUGCGGGUGCCCGAGCAAAACCGACGGAUGGCUCGGUUCGCAAUAUGAUUGUGGAAACCGAGACUGUCAGCUCUAUACCGCAGGUCUCUCUAGGCGUGGGGUCUAGUGAGCGAGGAAGUGCCAGUCGAGCAGAACAAGGCACUUUACGCAUGAAGCCCUCGACCGAGACCAUCCGGCCUCGCAAAGAGAAGAAAAAAAUCGCGGACAUUUUUGAGGCAAAGGUUGCGAGUGCUGUCGACGAGGCAGACGUCUCCGAUUCCGAUGAGACGUUUGUUUACGAAUCCAACCCGCCCGAUCCAUAUCCGGCCCGGCAGUCUCGUUACCAUUCCCGCACCCCUAGCGCCACGUCCAUGGCGAGCCAGGUCGACCAGCUGGCUGGUCGUACCCGUAGCGCAUUGCGGGAUGGUUCCCAUAGUGUCACUGGUAAACGCAGUAUGAAGUUUACCAACAACACUUACAAUAGCAGUCUGGAUGGCGAGGCCGGCGAAGUCGAUGGAAGUCGUAACCCCUCUCGCGUUGAUGGAAGUGGCACUGUUACUCCUCGUCAUCAUCACAUUGGACGACAUGGCCGAAACGGAGCUUACCCGUCCCUCUUCGACAACGAUGGACCCUUCCCUCAAGCUCAGUCCAACCCUAAGUCUCCUCGACAUUUCAUCGGCAGUGGAUAUCGACACUCGCGCAACAGUAAUACUCGGUCUUCGCCCAAUUACAGAACCAUCACCAAUACCAAAAAGUCGGGCGAGAUUUACGACUUUGAUGCCGAAGGUGCCGAUGACGAACGCACUCCAUUAGUAGGCUCUCAGCGAGUAACACGCAGUCGCCAUGGACGCAGACCCAAUAGCGCCAGUCUUCGACAAAUGGAGUAUAUGGCCCAGCGAGAGCGCGGUUGUUUCUCGCGCUAUGGCUCUUGCGUUAUCAUUAUUCUGCUUUUGUGUAUCAUCGCUGGCGGUGCAGCCUCAUUCAUUGUUGCGGCAACUAAGACCCUCUUGAAUGUCGAAGUUCUGGCCAUCCAGAAUGUGCUGGCUUCGGAACAAGAGAUCAUGCUCGAUCUGAAUGUGCAGGCUGUGAAUCCUAACAUCUUUCCUGUGACCAUCGACGAUGCCGAUGUGAACAUUUUCGCAAAGAGCCGGUAUGUUGGUACAGAUAAGCUUUGGCGUGAGCAUAGCUCAGAUAAGGAGCUUGAAUCAUUCCCGCGUGUCGAGCAAAGCCGCCGGCGCCGGUAUUUAUCACAGCUUGUUCGAUGUUUGGGAAAUUUUGAUUGUGUUGAAGAAGCCAUGGAUGUCCAUUCGUCGAAGAAGAAAGCCAGUGGUGGCGUUGACAAGGGCACCGAUCCAAUUACUGACCCUGAAGGUGAUUCACAAACCAUGCUCCUCGGCCGUGUAUUGCACUUCGACUCACCGCUAUCAUUUGAUGCCUCUCCCUGGACCAAUGAGCCGUCUCUUUCCAAGGGGCAGAUCAGACUCGCUCGACCUGGUAAUAAGACCGAGGAAGGCGGAACUGAGCGCUGGGAGCGCGUCCUUCAACAUCCAUUUGAGUUAAUCGUUCGCGGUGUCGUGAAGUAUCAACUGCCGCUGAGCUCGCGGUAUCACUCUGCUUCUAUCAGCUCGACUGUUAAAGUUGUUCCCGACGACGAGACUCAUGAUCCCAACGAUCCAAAUAUCACACCUCCAAGCAACGAAACCGCUCACAUCUCUUUCACCAAGAGAACCACUCCUGACCUCCUUGCAGGAUCGGAUGCCGGCAAAGAGCGUCGAUCAGGAGUAUUUCAACGACAGUUUACGGCAUGA